AUGGACCUUCUAAAUCACCGAGCUAUACCCUAAGAACCAAUGGAGGAACUUACUAUCUAGUCUCUAAUGAAUAGAAUUGCUUUAAUGGAUUCUAAUAAUUACUAUGGGAAUACAGGUGUAGGGGAACGCGAGGGACGAAUAUUUAGUCCAAUAGUUAGAUAAAAGAAUUUCGAUCUUGGUCAUGGCAUUGGUAGAUCUGGUGAUGUAAAUGCAUUAUAGCCUAAAGCCAUAGGGUCAUCUUUAAUAGUUAAGCUGACUAAAAAUAUGACUAUCAAUGCAAUGAAUAAAAUACUAGGGUACACAUCAAUUAAAGAUGCAUUAAUUUUGCCUUUUGCUACUGGAAUGUCAUUGACUGUAACCUUAUUGACUAUAAAAAGUCUUAAACCUUAGGCACAGUAUGUGAUUUUUCCAAGAAUAGAUUAAAAAACUUGCUUGAAAUGUAUUUAUACUGCCAAUCUAGUACCCAUUAUUGUUGAACCAAAAUUGGAAGGUGAAGAAUUAAGAACAAACUUAGAAGAGAUCAAGAGAAUUAUGGAAGCAGAAGAAUAUAAGGAUAAGAUAUUAUGUGUUUAAACUACAACAAGCUGUUUUGCACCAAGAGCUUAUGAUUCUAUAGCAGAAGUAGCUGAAAUCUGUAGGAAAUAUUAGAUUCAUCAUGUAAUAAAUAAUGCUUAUGGGUUACAGUGUACAAGAGUUGCAAAUGACGUAUGCUCUGCAAUACAAAAAGGGAGAGUUGAUGCUCUUAUUUCAUCAACCGAUAAAAACUUCAUGGUUCCUGUUGGCGGUAGUAUUAUAUACUCUCCGAAGAAAAAAGAUCUCAUAGACAAAAUAAAUAAAUUUUAUCCAGGUCGAGCAUCUGGAGGCCCUAUAGUUGAUUUGUUUAUAACAUAUCUUCAAAUGGGUGCAAAGACAAUGAAAUAACUUAUCAAAUAAAGAAAAGAAAAUUUUGAAUAUUUGAAGACUAAGCUCAAUACUAUUCUACUAAAAUAUAACGAAAGAAUCCUUGAAACUAAGAACAACAAGAUUUCAAUGGCUGUUACAUUAAUAAACUUGAAUGAGAAAGUAUUUAAGCCAAAUAACAUUAAUGCCACAUUUUUUGGAAGUUACCUAUUUUCUAGAAGAGUAUCUGGAGUACGAGUAGUAAAUUCAUCAAAUGGUAAAAGAAGCUAGCCAAUAGGCGAGAACACCUUUUUAAAUUAUGGAAGUCAUAGUGAGAAUUAUCCAUUCCUCCCAUACUUUACCUGUGCAUCUGCUAUUGGUUAAAAAAAGGAAGAGAUUGAUGUUUUUGUUAUCAGGCUUUAAGAUGCUUUUGAAAAUUUCUUAAAAAAUGAUCCAUAAAUGAUUAUUGUCUAGGAUACUUUACUGCAAAGAUUGAAUGUUUAAGAUGAAGAAUAAUCUGCUAAUUAGGAAGAAGAGAAAUAAUAAUGA